AUGGCGUGGUCGGGGGACGUCUGGGUGUUUACGAAGCAGAGCGCCCGGCACAAGACGGGGGGGAUCACACUGUUGAACACAGUAGGAAAAGUGUUCUGUAAGCUGUUGAACGAUAGGAUAGUGGGAGUAUUGGAGAAGGAACAUAGCAUUAGUGAGGGCCAGGCAGGUUUCCGCAAGAAGAGGGGGUGCGUAGACCACGUGUUCACGGUAGGGAGAAUCAUCCAAGGUAGAAAGAGGGCGGGAAAGCCGACGUACUGCUUCUUCCUGGACGUGAAAAAGGCAUACGACACCGUGUGGAGAAAUGGGUUGUGGAAACAACUGUCCAAAUACGGGAUCAAGGGGAAAAUGUGGAGAGUGCUGAAGAAGAUGACAGAGUGUACGAAAAGCGCGGUCAUGCUAGACGGAGAACUGUCUAAAUUCUUCGACAUUGAGCAGGGGGUCCCACAAGGUUGCACGCUGUCCCCAACAUUGUUCCAGGUGUUCAUCAACGAUCUGUUGGAAGUCGUAGACGCAGUCCGGAAGGGAAUAAAAGUAGGGGACACGGAAACGUCGGUUUCAGGAAUGCUGUUUGCGGAUGAUAUUGUCGGUAUGUCAGGCACCCCUGAGGGACUGCAAUUGCAAAUUGACUCGGCGAAGAAGUUUACUGAUAAGUGGAGAUUGUCUGCUAACGUUCAGAAGGGUGCCGUCAAAUUACAUGGAGGCAAUGAUGAGAUAAUGUUCUCCCGUGCCCUGACAUGCCACUUCACAACAAGGAAGAAAAAAAAAGACUGCUCGAGGAAUGCACACAUGUUCAAGGUAGCGGAGAAGGGCAAGGCACGAGCAGGGAAGCUGCACCCAAUACUCGCAAACCGGCACUUCGAUACACGCAUCAAAUUGAUGGUUUUGAAGAGCGUAAUCGUACCGCCGCUAGAGUACGCCGGAGAAGUAUGGGAAGGAAAUAGGAAGGUAGUGAAAGAACUCGUGGCGGCGCAGAUGAAAGCAGCGAAAAUCAUCCUAGGAUGCUCCAAGCGCACAAGUGAUGCAGCCGUCAGGGCGGAAUUGGGGAUCCAAUCCCUACGGUCGGGAAGAGACUUGAGGAAGCUGACAUGGCAGUAUCGCAUGUGCGGGAUGGGAGAGGAGAGGUUGCCGAGGAUUGUAUGGGAGGCGAAGUGGGCAAACAAAAAGAGGGGUAGACAACCCACGGAAUGGGUCAAGGUUGUAGAGGACGUAUGGAAGGGGCCCGACAUCGACGAAGAUGAAACGCUGGAAACGGAGGGUCUACAGAGGAUCAAGGAGAAGAUAUCUGUUGCUUGUGCCGAGAGAGAAGAACAGAAUCUGAGGAAAGAAUCCAAGGGUAAGGAGGGUCUAGAAGUGUACGGAAUGUUGAAGGAAGGAAUAGGGUUCAAGGACUACCUACAUGGACCAAUGGAUGCAGGAACAAAGCUUAAGGUCAAAUUCAGGACCGGGGACAUAGGCCUUCGAGAACGUCGACGAAGACAUAGGUCGGUAGACGAGGAAGACGACGAGUUCAAAUGUGAUUGCGGCUUCGAAUGCGAAGACCGUGUUCAUGUGGUCGCGGAAUGUCCACGAUACAAGGAGAGGGAAGUGUACAUGACUGAGCUGGAAAAAAUACAAGGGAGGUACAGGGAGAUGUUUGAGGCAUGGAAUAGAGAGGAAAGGACG